AUGCAGACCCUCCCCGAGAGCCGGCCACAGUCGUUUGACGAGAUCUACGGCCCGCCCGAGAAUUUUUUGGAAAUCGAGGUCCGCAACCCCCGCACGCACGGCGUCGGCCGCCACAUGUACACCGACUACGAGAUCGACUGCCGCACCAACAUCCCCGCCUUCAAGGUCCGCCAGAGCGUCGUGCGCCGCCGCUACAGCGACUUUGAGUACUUCCGCGACAUCCUCGAGCGCGAGAGCGCCCGCGUCACCAUCCCGCCGCUGCCCGGCAAGGUCUUUACCAACCGCUUCAGCGACGACGUCAUCGAGGCGCGGCGCGCCGGCCUGGAAAAGUUUCUCAGGAUUGUCGUCGGCCACCCGCUGCUGCAGACGGGCAGCAAGGUCAUGGCGGCCUUUGUCCAGGACCCCAACUGGGACCGGAACGCGUGGUAA